AUGCUUCUGAAGGUCUUGUCACUUUUCCUAUGUCUUCAAUUGGUGGAUUCUUGUCGUUUGAGAUGUCGAAACCGAACCCAAUGUGAUGAUGGUUGGACCUAUUACAAAAGAAAUACAACUGGAUGGUGUAUGAAGAUGAUGAGAGCAGAAUCAGAAGAUUUGAACAAAACAAGCGCUGAAAAUGUUUGUAAAGCAUCCGGAGCGGUUUUAUCCUCAAUCGAUAAUAUGGACAUGUUUAAUGUGGUUUUGGGUUUGAGAGAAGGGCCAUUUGAUGGGUUCUUUUGGAUUGGUGCAGAAUUGAAGGCAGAUUGUGAAUGCGGAAAUAUGAAAUGUAUAUGGAAACCCGAAUGUGAAUUAGUAGGAUAUAUUUGGACUGAUGGAUUCAGUUUAACAACUCCUAUCAACUCACUUGAUUCAAUCGAAGAAAUUAACACAGAGAUCGAAAAUGGAUAUAUCUAUGUUGCCAGUUAUAUUGUUGUAUUUUGGAAUGGUAGUGAGUUUGAGAACCAAUUUACUACAUAAUUAUGUGAGAACUUAUGAAUUCAGGUGUUAGAACAAUGGCUUCUUUCAUGAUGACGAACCGGAUGCUUUGCGGAAAACAAUCUAAUUAUUGA